GCGGUACCACCAGGCCGACAUCGUGACCACAACCAGGAUAUCGGCUACUCUAACCAACGCAGCAGCGGUAGUAGCUACUAGUGCAGCAAAGCAUGUCGAAUUCAUCCCGACCCAGACGAAGCUGGGACAGUAGGGAGCCGCGCGGAAGCGCAGCUGGCGACUAUGAUCGCAAUGACGGACGGCGUCUUCGUUCACGCCGUUUUGACAACAGCGACCGUGAGGAAUACGAACGGACGCGUGAACGUAGUCAAGGUCGGACCCGCGAUCGUGGUUUCGAGGAGAAUUUUGACUACAGAGACGUCCGCGGCAGGAACCGUGAACGGUCUCCCAGACGAGAUAGUUCGAGAGAUGCGACAACGAGACGAACCCGCUCUCGUAGUAUGGAUCGGUCGCAAGUUCGUCGAGAUGACACUGAUUCCACUGCAUCGCCUGCAGCAAGCAUUGAUCAAGCGGCUGUCGCAGCCGCUGCUCUUGCCGCUCGCAAGGUUGCAGAAAGCAUACAGAAACAAAAGCUGAUGGAGGCUCAGCAAACAGGUGCGAGUCCGGAAUCCACUGCUCACGGUUCUGCAGCUCCUGUCGCUGGAUCGGGAGCUGUCAAUGCUCCUGCUACAAUUCCUCCACCUCCUCCCGGGCCUUCAGAUGCUUCUCCUCGUCCUGGGGCAGGGACCAUUGCUUCGUCAAAUAUAUCUCGUCUUCCGUCUCCUCCUCCUCCACCACCUCCUCCGCCUUCCAUUCACAGCAUUAUCAGCAAGGUAAUUGAAAGCGACGGCGUUUUCCUUCAAGAUGUUGAGAUCAACGAUGUUCGAAAUCGAUACAUUCUUGUCAAGGAAAAUACAAUUAGCGAUAUUCAAAGCAAGACUGGCGUGCAGCUGUUCACGAGAGGAAAGUAUUAUCCAAACAAAGCAUUGGCAACAGCGAAGGUUCCGCCUCUCCAUAUGCACGUGGUUGCUAAAACCCGUGAACAACUACAAGCUGCUAUAAAUGAGAUUGACAAAUGGAUUAACAAGGAUGUUGGUCCUUUGGUGGACGAGCGGCGUUUCCGACACGAUGACAACCAUCAUCACCGGCCAUCGCCUACAGGCAGCAAUGCGACGCCGCUUAGUAGUGCAGCUGGCCCGUCCGCUGGAGCAGGGAGCAGUUCUGACGAUCAUGGUCGUCGGCGGUGGUUGGAAGACAAGGUGUUUGUUAAUUUGACGCCCUCACGCGGCUUUCAUCUGCGGCAGGCAAUUGUUGGUCCUCAAGGUGCGUACGUCAAACAUAUCCAACAAGAAACACACACUCGUGUGCAAAUCAAAGGUCACGGAAGCGGUUUUAUCGAAUCAAGCACGAAUCGCGAGAGCGAUGAGCCGCUUCACCUUCACAUUUUGGGACAGGACGCGGCUUCUUUACAACGCGCACGUUCUUUGUGUGAGGAUCUAAUUGCGAACGUCCAUCAACAGUUUAAAGCAUGGAAAAAUGCGCCUCGAGAGCGCGGAGGCCACAAUCAUAACCACAAUUCCAAUCACAGCACUCGACAACCCGUCUCCUCCUCUACACCUUAUGCCUCGAAUAAUCCAGCUGCAACGGCUGCUGCCGGUACCCUUCCAGCAGCCGCUGCACCGAUGAGUGCAGCAGCCGCCGCUCCACUGCCGUCCAUGCCUGCUGACGCUGCUUCCUUGGGCAUGGCUGCCCCAGGUACCAAAAUGAAUUUGAUGCCCGCGGUGCCCAUGCCCGCAAUCAGCGCAGCACCCGGUACAACGGCCCCAGGUUUGACGCCUAGCGGUGUCGCUGUUCCCGGAAUGGAUCCGUAUGCCGCGUACGGUGGAUAUCAGGCAUAUAUGCAGUUUUAUCAGCAGCAGUUGUACGCACAGUAUCAAAACAUGAACGCCGGGAACAACCAAAACCCCCAAUAAGAUCCAACUUAGUUGUCCCGCUCCCUCGCUGCCCUCUCACUAAUUCUGUCUCUAUUCAUGGUAUGACAAGGGAAUGAUAGUUGUGGGAUCGAUUUAUGAUAACCCGUACGGCAGCAGUAGGAGCAAAAAAUAACGACGAAAAGAAAAAGAAUAGGAACAGAACGGAAUUCGUGCAAACGCCAAGGUUUUCCCCCUAGGCGGCAUUUUCCCGGGCUUGAAUACGAACUCGUCUUUCGUACUCGGUCCGGUCUUUUCUGCAAACUCAUGUUAGUUCACUGAAUGGAAGAAAGUCGUAUGCAUGAGGAAGCCGUUGAUAGGCUGUCAUCAGAACUUACUUGAACAUGGUGUAUGCUUCCGUUUGAGCUGGAGAAGCAAUGUUGGGAUCGUCCAAAAGGUCUUGUAUACCCAGUAAGAUCUGUUUAAUGGUGAUGGCCGGCUUCCAUCCCUCCUCUUCGUUCAGGAUUGAGAGACACACAGUGCCUGAGGGAUAUACGUUUGGAUGAAACAGAGGCGGUGUGAACUUGCCUACAGAACAAAAGUGUUAGCUGAAAGAAUCGAACGAGCAAUUAUGAAUGUGAAGAACGGACGGAGACUUGAGUGAUGGGCAAUAUGACGAGCCAUCACAACUGAUCCAGUCUAGACAAUUAUCAUCACGUACAUUUUGGUGGACGGGUGGGAUAUUCUAAACACGGUUAGUGACAUCUUCAAAAAAAAAACUACAAGGACCAGCGACAAAAACACUCAGCCUGCUCAUCUUCCGCAUCGUGUUGUCGGUGUUGCAGAGGCAAUUCGUGGUAAGGAAACAAACCUUCAGGGAAUAUCAUAGUCAACUUAUACAGACCACCCUCCCAUGGUGUCUUUGGUUUGCCUGGGAUACCAACGGUCCAAUUCAUUAAAUCCAGGCCUCCAUCCGGGGACUUGCAGGGUUUUGCAAAGAAACCCUAUAUCAUUGUUAGCAUUCAGGCGAAACAAAAAUGUUCGUACAAAAGGAUGAUCUUUUCUCCACUGCUUGCGCUCCUCCUGAAGCCGUGUCUUACACAGAGACGACAUUGUGAUUGUUACUGGAAGAGGUGGGUUUCUGGUGGUGUGGAUAAAAGUUGGUGGUGAGCGAGAAAAUAGAAUAGGCACGUGGAAAUAAAGCAACAUUUAGCGAGUCCUUAAGUAUUAAGAUUUUCAU